UGGACCUGAAGCCAUUUUGAUCGCCCAAUGGAGGAGGCAGUGGAAGAAAAGCCGUCCUUAGAGCAGGACCGGGACGACAUAGUUCGCCUCAAGCAGAUUAUGCGCCCGGAUCCGGACUGGAUUGCCUUUUCGUCCACUGAAGCGCGCUGGAUAAACUUCAACGCGCAGAUGAGGGAAGUAUUUGGUCGAAGCAGGAGCUGUCGAUGUGAUGAGGAUGCAGUCAAUGCCUGGAUCGACGAUGCCAUGAGCGUACUGUUCCAUUGGAUAUCGAAGCAGAUCAUCAUGACGGAGUCGCGGGCAGCUCUGUUCCGCUCACUUGGAAGAGGCUGGAUAUGGAUACAGCUCUCCUCCUCUGGAGUUGGCAGGGAAGACAAAAGCAAGCUGCCAGAGGAACAGCGCACCCGGUUUAAGUGGUGGUUCGAAAACCUGAGCCGCGUUACGAGAAAUAGGCAGCACGACAUUGAUAAGCUGAAGCUUAAGGGCGACAUGCUGAAGAAGUACACUACGGGCUAUAUGCCAAUGUCGGAGCUGGUGUUUCUGAUCUACGGCAUUGCCCCGGCAAUGCCAAUCAUCGGCAUUCAGAAGUGGUCGCCUCACUACAAGGAAGUCGACCGCUGGGCCACAGACGACAACGUUAAGAAAGCAGUGGAGAAACCCCUUGCUUCGGAAGCCGAGAGGCAAGCCCAUGCUGCCCAUGUGGAGCAGCAGAAGUCUCGGAAGAAGAAGCAGAGGGAGAGACGGAAAAUCAAGCAGCAGCAAUCAGACGACACUUCACCGGAAGCGCCGGCUUUGUCAAGAUCUGCUCUGAUGGAACAAUCCAAUGAUGAAUUUGAGAGCCUGCUGGCAUCUCUCAAGAGGGAAGCGGGCAUGUCAAGUGCCUGCGAGGAGAUUGAGUCUGGUCUGACCGGUGUUUCAAUGAUGGAUGAGCUUGUGGACAGUGGGCCGCUUGUAGACAGACUGCACUGAAAAAAA